AUGACAAGAACGAAGAAAUCCGAAACGAGAAAUGAGAAACAUCCAUCGGAAGAGAUCUAUGGCAGUGUCGAAACAAAAGCAUACCUGUUUCAAAUACACGGAGUGCCAGGGAGACGCUUGACGAUGGAGACAACCGGCAAGACGGUGAUCGAAGACGAACUAGAAGAGUGUGAGGGUCGACGGCGGGGAAGAGAGAAAAGAUCGAACACCUGGAAGGCGCUCAAUGAGAUGGCUAGUUCUUCAUCUUCGUCCUCCUCCUCGGAGGUUUUGAUUAAAACCCUAAUUAACCGAGGCUGGUGUUUUCGAGAAAUCAAUCAAAUCAAGUCGCUAAUCGAAACGAAGUUCAAUGGAAGCUCUACCACCGUUCGUUCUGUUGAGUCGGAGCUCUGUAACAUGGACUUACGAGCAAUCGGAGGGAAAUCUUUGCCUGACAUUUCCACCCUCCGAAAAUCCACUCACUUAGAUGGCCCUAAAGUUCUCCAGGUAGCUUCUGCGAGGGAUAUAAGUAAAAGUACUAUAGCUGAAAGUUCAGGGGGUUCACAUGGUAAACGGCUAUUGAAAUUGAAGCUUAUUGAUGGACAUUCAGAAAUUACUGCUAUAGAGUUCACUCAUAUUCCCUCGAUUCCUGAUAAUGUUGUUCCUGGAUCCAAGAUUCGAUUGGAAAAUAAAGUUGUAAUGCAUAGUGGUAUUUUAUGCUUGAAUGCAAAGGCAAUAACAGUUGUUGGAGGUAUUGUUCCAUCAUUAUAUCAAGAGUGGGAAAUGAACCAAAAGUAUGCAGGCUUUACCCGUUCUACCUUAAAAUUCUCACAUACUGAUGAUCACAGUGGUCCCCCUGGCCCACCACCUUUUCACAAGUUACAGGCUGGAGUAUCUCCACAUCAGAUUCGGAUCAAUCAACAAAAUACACCUUCUGCUUCUGGACCCACUGUUGUUGAAAAGGGUAUAAAAGGGGGUGAGAAUGUGAAGUCUGGUUCUCUUUCAGAGAAAACCACACAAAACCAACCUUCUACUGAAGCAAGACCAAAAGAAGUUGCCGAGUCUGCCCCUGUACAAAACCAAGCUGCUGCACAAAAGCUUCUCCAGAAAAUGAGUAAUUCCAACCGAAAUGAAGGGCAUUCUAGGGGGUGGAAACAAAGAGGGAGGGGUAAGGAGGAAGAGGAGGAAUCCGCUGUUUUAACUCUAGAUGAGUGGGAGAGAAAAAGAGCUGGUGGGAGUUCUUCAUCAAGACCAGAAAACCCUAAUUUUAAUCAAGAUGAGGAUCUCGCACGCCAACUUCAAAACCAAUUUGAUUUAGAAGACAUUCAUGAACAUAGGAGUGGUCAUGUGACGAAAGCAGAUGAUAUCAGAAUGAGCAUGUUUAGUUUUGAAAGAGAUGAAGAUGGUGGUGGUGGUGGUAGAGGAAGGGGAAGGGGAAGAGGAAGAGGGAGGGGAAGAGGGAGGGGACGUGGUAGAGUUGGGUGAUGCUUACUUUAUUUGGUAAACUUUAUUUUCAUAAGCACCAGGUUCUAAUAUGAAAGAUAUUGUAAGUGCAAUGCUAUAACUGGAUAGAAUUUUCAAAGUACAAUGUAUACAAAAAGGACUUGGGCUAUGAGCCUUAUAACAACGAGAAUAAUAAUCCUAGAAAUCGAGUACCAUAGAAAAAAGAAAUAGAAAAAGAACAAACGAUAACUUGAAAUAGACAUUUAAUAUAAUUUGUGUUAUUGACAUAUCAGCCUUAUUUUUUGAGUCUAGUGCUCCUCGAACGUUGUAUUGCAGUGUGUAUGACAUUUUAAGCUAAUGUAUGUGGUUCAUGGUUUUAAACUUAAUCUCGCACUAAAGUUUGGAAAAAUGAGUUGCUUUUUAUGACGUUGUGAUAUAAUCAUAUAAAUGCAAAUUAAUUAUUACUAGGCGUGAGACCUGUUUACUGCAUGUGUUGGGGUUCGUAUUGUAAAAUUGUUUAUGAGUUUGGAUGCGAAAUAGUGUUCAGUUUUUGAUGUAAUAGUUUCACUUGUAAUUAUGAACAAUAUGUUUGUGUUUGUAUCUUCUUGUUCUUAGGUCUGCAG